CACAAGGUUCCAUUUACCUCCUCCAUUCAUCUGAUCGAGUCAUCGGAGCUCGACUGCUCAGGCCUGUUUGAGGGAUUCGCGGGAAAUUGGGACAGAAUCGAUACCAGCCUAAUCGAACGUCAACAUAAACUUUUCAUGGACGCAGCAGCGAUGCCACUAUGUUAAGACCCAGUAAGUAGGAUGGAGAACAGUGUGGGGGAUAUCUUGAUUUGUGAGGAGCAGCUGAGGACUACACUGCACUGUGAUGACAAGGAGAAGCUUCGCAGGAAGUUGUUACUGUUGCAAAGGGAGUACAUCAGGACAGCUCAGAGAUUACAGCGUGCUGAGCGUUCAGAAGCAGUGCGUAGACAUGUGAGGAGCAGGAUCACACAGCAGAACCACCAGGACCAGAGAGACCCAGAGGUUACACCUAACCCUUGUCUCAACCCAUCUUCGCUGACAGUUGACACCACCAAUGGGACAACCUCAGGUGUACCUCAGUGCCAGGGACACACUGGAGAUUCUGAGAACUUCACGAGGAGCCCAGUGAUCAGAUUCACGCUCCCAUCUGAUGCUGCUUGCUCACAAACCACGCAUCCCAGCCAAGAUGCGGCUAAAGGUCACAGAACCAGUCCCGCUCUGCGUCUCAGGUCUCGACGCAGCCGCCUGCGCUGGGAGAGGAGGAGCGCUGAGGCUGGCAGGAUCACAGACAACACUGAGGAAGGACAGGAGCAGAAUGAAAGGAUGAAUACUGCUGGAACACAAGGAAGUGAAGACGGAGCCAAACACGAGGGAACAGAAACUGUGACUGAAAGUGAGGGGCUGUUUCCUAGCACAGAAGCCGAGUCUCCCUCACUGCUGCUGACACACUGGAACACUUGUGGACAAACUAAAACAAGCACUUUGGAGGAGAAAGAGAUACAAGGAGGACAAGAACAAAAAGAAAAAGCAACGGAGUUGAGAUUUGAGAAGAUUAAAGAAUCAGAGUCAACCUCUUUGCUGCAAACAUGUUGGAAACCUGCUAUACACACCAAAGGAAAGGUUCAAGAUGGCUCACAAAAUGGAGGAAGAAAGGAGAGAGAGGUAGGAGAGGAAGAUGAGGACAGUAUAGGACAGAGGGAUGGAAGUCUGUGUGAAGACAGCAGUAAUAAAUAUACUGAACAAAAUAAAGCAGAACAAAUACAAAGUGAAAAAAGUUAUGGUAACACAGCUGAAAGAAAAGAAGAAAAAAGUGAGAUGGUUGGAGGAGAGCAUGAUGUAAAGGGUGCAAGCUUCCUGGACUCCUGUACUUUAGUGGAGGGACUGCUUUUCCCAGCGGAGUACUACGUUCGAACCACAAGACGUAUGGCAUCUUCACAGAGCCUGCCUGACAUGCAGGCUGUCAUACUCUCCCAACUAAGCAAUGGACGACAUCGCAGGAGCCGAGGCCGCGGCAGAGGACCGGACAGACACACACAGAGUCACAAAGGUUCAGAUCAGCAUUCUCAGACAGAUUUCUCCUCGCUGAUGACUGCAUCUCCAUCUGUAAGACCUCAUAUGGAAUCACAGGCGGCUGACACAUCCGCUGAGCUGGACGAUCAGAGCUCAGAUCAAAUCUCAGCUUGUCAGAUCGACACGAAUGCUUGUUUUUCUCCUACGGUCAGUGCUGCUCGUUCAGCAAGAGGUAGAAGGAGGAGAAGAGGCAGGGGAACAAGGAGGCUUCAGACCCCCCAACGCUCUCUUAGUUUAGUUCAUCAGUUAGCUCUUGAGCAAACCUCAGAUGAUCCCCAGCCGACCUGCUCCCCGAUCUCUUUCUCCCCAUCACUCAGUGGAGCUGAUGCACCAAAGCCCUGUCUUACCCCCCGAGAAACUGUUCCAGUGCCAGACGACCCUCCACCUGCCUCCACCCAAAGCACAGCUACACAGCUCUCUUCUGGAGGUAAUGAGGCUCAGCCUAACUCUUCCCCUGGAUGUCAGGUCUAUCCCAUCUUUCUGAGGAGCUGCAACAGGACAAACAGAUCCACGCAAAUGAAUAGAAGCCAAGCAAGCUGGCGAUCUCUCCCCUCGUCAUCCUCUCCACAAACAUCUUUGCUUCCUCUUCCUUCUCUGUCCCUUGGCCCACUUGUUAACAACAUGGUGAACUUUGAUAUUCCACAAGAUUUCCAUCUCCCGGAUGACCAGUUUGCCUCCCUAAAGCUGCACAAGCUCCGCCAAGUUGCUGUGGAAUCAGGAGCUGAACGUUUUACAUCGUCGUCUUACAACACACGCAGGAGCAUCCGGUGCUACGAGUCUCAUCGCAGCAGCAGGGAUGCGCUCAGUCUCACACCCACAGUCUCAGAUUCAGCUAAUUCCACUGCACGGUCCGUGUUGACAGGACACAAGCUUACAGAUAAACUGAGAAGCCAGUCCUUAACUGAAGAGUCAUGUGACCGAGAAAACCCGCAGCAGACUGAAAACCCUCAGUGUCAGACUCAAACCGCCUCCACAGGAUUUGUGUCAGUGGUGCAAGAUUGUGCUGCUGACUGUGCCGAUCAAUGUGAAGCGAAAGAUACUGCGGACAGACCUGCAGGUGAAGUCAGUGAUCAUUUCAUCAGUCAGUCAGAUGAGCUUCAUAUGAAGGAGUCUUAUGUCAUUUCAUCAGAAGAACACACAGAUUGUGCUGGUGCAGUUCAUCCUCUCCUCAUCCAGAUGUCUCCAAACCACCAAACAGAAGACAAAGCUGGUGUCAAGACUCUGCCCUUUGAUUGCACUUUAGAGAAAACCCCCGAGGAGCCUUCUGACAACGGCACUGCUGUACAUGCAUGUAAUGACAGUCAAGUUCCAGGAGAGUCUCCUGCGCAGCACCUGAAUGUGAAAUCUCCUGCCAGAGAAAUCUCAUUUGAGCCCACCACACGUUCUCCCAGAGAAAAUAAAAAUCCGGACAAGUGCUUACCACUCCACGGUGUCCACUCACAGCUCCUAUUGAGCCCUCAGGCAUCAGCACCUUUCAUAACCCCACAUCUGUGCUCCUCCGCCCUUCACUCCAGCCCCACGCUUCCCUCACUAGGACUCACCCCCCACACUGUCCCUGCUGGCCUCCUGCUGACCUCCUCUCCCUCUGCGCCAACUCUCAUCCUGCCUCCCCCUCAUAGCCCGUCCACUCAAGCCCUUCCCCCUCCAGAUUUGUCUCCCUGUCCAUCCCUCACUUCCCUCCCUCCUAGCCAGCCCCCCGUUUCGCCAGCCGUUCAGACCCAGGCUUCAUCUGAGCCGUCCCAGAGGGCUGAACCUGCUACCCUCCUGACUGUCUCCGGGGUCCAGUCACAGGACUCAGGUGGACAGGUGGGCCUGAGAACAGAGGAGGCUGUGGAGGCACACAUGAUGAGGUGCACAUACAGGUUGAAGGGCCCAGCAGGAGGCUGUCUGGUCGACGCUUGCUGUCUGCCUGGAUCCUCAGGUGGUUUGUGUGUAGCCGCAGCUGGAAAGUGGGCCGUGUGUCUCUGGAAUCAGGUCUCAGCUUCUGAUUGGAACUUAAUACACACCUGGUCCUUCGAUGAGCCAGUGAUCAACGUGUUUCCUGUCCUGGAUGCUGCUGGGCUGAUGUGUGUGACUCUGGGUCAGUUAGAAAUCAGAGAAGUGAGGAUGCUGUCCAGCUCCAGCCUCUUGCAGGUGCUGCUCUGUGAGGGGCUUGUUCAGACUGUCAUUUGCGUCACCAAGUCCAGAGUGGUUACCUCGUCCCACUCUGCGUCUGGUUCCACCCUGCAGGUGUUUACGCUGUCAGACCGCGGCAGCACACUGAGCUCUCAGCCUCUUGUGUCCCCCGGUGUUUGUGUCGGGGCCCUCGCUCAAGUGGAAGGACUUCCAGAUGCUCUGAUCGGCACAGAUGAGGAGGGACGUCUCUUCAUCUGGAAUUUGGAGACUGGACAGCUGCUGCGGAGAAUCAUCCUCGGAGAUGCUUUAUCACACACGGCCUGUCUCAGAGGAUACUCUGACUGCGGAGUGUUAUUUGUCCUGCUGCAGCACCAGCUGAUCAUCUCCCUGGAGGACGAGGAUAGAGAGCCCACAGGAAAAGAUCAAAUGUUUCUGGAAGAGAAGAAGAGGGACGGAGAGACGGAGACGGCCCUGCUCUCCUUCGUGGCGGUUAAUCCUCUGAGUGGAAAAUCCGUCGUGGCUACUCGGCUGUAUCCGCCCAAAGCCUGGUCUGGCAGGCUGUGCGAAGCUGACGUUAACAGCUGCAGCGUGGUGGGCCUGAGUCAGAGCGGCUGUGUGUGCGUGUGGGAGCUCGGCCGUCGAGACUCGUCGAGGAUGGUGUGGGCCCCUGAGAGCGAAGGCUGGCAGCUGGCACGAUGGGGGGCGGAGGGGGGCACGCUGGUGACUGGACAUCACAACGGAGACGUUACCUUACACUGCUACAGUACGAGUCAGCCUUCACUCUGCCGCUAACAAUAAAGACUCUUUGAUGACUUUUAUCAACUGAAAAGGUCCAUACGUCGCUGCGUGAAUGUUCACAUGAAGAUUAUAACAUGGCUUCAGUUGAGACAAACCAUUUGAAACACUUCAGCGUCACAUUUUCUUCAUUCUGCCUGAUCUCGAAUGCACAGAGAAGAGUCUCUGUAGCUUCCCUUAAACUUAAGGUUAAGUAAAUUCAACUUUCAUAUGCGUGAGUGUCACCUCCAGGCCACGAAACUGUUAAGAUAAAGACAUUAAUACACUGUAAACUGAACAUACUCAGUGCUUUCUAAGUUGAACUAGCUUUCCCUCAGCCUUUUACAAAAGUUUCCACUCGUAGUUUUUAGAUUACUAUCAAACACUGAACCUCUUGGUGUGACGCUGUCUGCUUCAUGCAGGAUUUUCACUUUUUAGGCUGCUUUAACCCCAGUUUGAAAAUCAACUUUGUGUUUUAUUACUGCUGCUGAUUUCACUGUUUCUUACUUGAACGUGAUGUUUAUAUUUCUUAUAUUUAAAGAAAAAGAAGUGUCAAAGUUUGUUUUUAUAAUCUCCAUUAAACGUUUGUGAAUUCUGUGAA